AUUUGUUUUACAAUUUUUAAAUUUCCCCAGCGCUCAAAUCUCAGAUCUACCCGAGGGAGACUUCAGACUCGUACAGUAGACGCGCGCUCAUUCCUCUCUCUGAGUCAAGUCUCAACAAUGCCGGCGACUGACGCGGAGUUCGAUAACAGACCGUCCCCUCAUUCCACCUUCACGAUCGGAGAGUACGCAUUUGCCGAUGUUGGGAAUCUGGAGCACUGCACCAAGUACUUGAACCAGACGCUUGUUACUUACGGAUUUCCGGCUUCUCUCGACUUGUUCGCCAAUGAUCCGGUCUCCGUUGCGAGGACUUGCAAUUGCAUAUACUCGUUGCUUCAGCAGAGGCAGCGGGACGUCGAAUUUAGAGACUCUGCUAACGAGCAGAGACAGCGCUUACUAUCGGACAUAUCAAGAUUGGAGGCCAAAGUUGAGAGGCUCGAGACACAGUUGCAAUCCAAAGAUAGGGAGAUAGCAACCAUUACCCGAACGGAAGCUAAAGCUACAGCAGCUUUUAAGGCUCAAAUUGAAAAGCUACAGCAGGAGCGAGAUGAGUUUCAGAGAAUGGUCAUUGGUAAUCAGCAAGCAAGAACUCAACAAAUACAUGAGAUGAAGAAAAAGGAAAAAGAGUAUGUCAAGCUGCAGGAAAGGCUAAACCAAGUGUUGAUGGAAAAAAAGAAGGAAUCUAGAUCGGGCAUGGAAAUAAUGAAUUUGCUUCAGAAAGAAGGGCGGCAGCGUGGAACAUGGAAUGGGAAAAAGGCCGACAAUGAUUUCUAUAAAAAAAUCGUAGAUGCAUAUGAGGCAAAGAAUCAAGAGUUGAUGGCAGAGAAUGCUGAUUUAAGGGCAUUAUUACGAUCAAUGCAGUUGGACAUGCGUGACUUUUUUAAUGCUCCUAAUGGGUUGUCCAAACAAUCAACGGCUGUCAAUGAAGGAGUUGAAACUGACCCCUCAAAGUCCCCAUUGGGAGGGAGGACGGAUGUCUUUGACUUGCCCUUUCGCAUGGCUAGAGAUCAAAUAGAGGAAAGCCUCCGAACUAAGAUGGCUUCCAUAAAGGAGCGUAUGGUUCAAUUGCAAGAUGCACAGAAAGGUGCUGAAGUUAUUUCUGAAGCAACUGAGAGGGAGCUUGAGCUUGAAGCUCAACUUGUUGAGGCUAGGAGCAUAAUACAGGAGCAGGCUUCGAUAAUGUCUAAACAUCUUGCUAAGUCUGAGAGGCCAAGGGAUUCUAUCAUUUCAUCACCAGUUGAGGGGGUAAGAAAUUAACAAGCACGGGAGAGUUUUGGCCCGCAUCGAGAAUCAAAGUGAGCUGUAUGCAGAGAUGAAUUGCAACUUGCAAUCCUGUAAUUUUGUAUAUUUAUUUCCAACCGGUGAAUACACAUUAUAUUGUUCAUUCGGUUUGUAAGACCUAGUAGCCGCAGUUUUCAUCUGCGAUGUUAUUAUGUAAUGGAAAGUAACUUUCGCUUA